GAUAUCUAAAUCCUAGCUGAGUAAGGUAUCCUAAUUGACCGGCGUAGGACUACGUUUUCCUUGCUGGGUUUUGGAAUCCUAAUCCGAUUAGGAGUCUGAAAAAUCAUAUGAACUACAAAUCUUGUUCCAAUAAGAUUGGAUGGUUUGAACUUUGACGUUGUCCACCAUAUUGGAAGGUGGUGAAGAAGCAACAAACGAGUUUCAAAGUAUGCGCUUCCAAUGUAGGAAAAAACAAGACGAGGUGAUUAAUUAUUAAUGAGUUAAGCAACAAGAAGCCGGGAGCAUAUAAUCUAAUUCUAAACUUGUCCGAUAAUCAGCUAGCGGAUUAGACUUGUUUAUUAGUGUUUAAUUUAAAUAAUGAUAAGCGUGUUGGCAUGGAAAAAUAAAAUAAAAUUAAUUGGAUGGCUUGUGAGUUUGAAAGUGCAGACAUUCAAGCUUAUAUCAAAUAUAGAUUUUUAAUUAGUAGGCACUAGAAGGCCAAAAUAUGCCCUAAUUAUAUAACUACAAAAACUACCUUUUCGAUCCGGGUGUAUUAUAGUUCACAUAUAUAACAAUAGUUUGUCGACUCUUCUUGUACCAAAAUUUGGUUGGCGUAUUCAUAUUGCAAAGCCUUUUGUUUUGGAAUAAUAGUCUCUCUGGUCUUUCAAUUCGCCGCUCAACAAGUGGUGGGCGGUGGGUUCACCUGUAGAAUCCUUGGAGAUUGUUGUUAAUAUGAAUCACAACGACUUUUAUUAAUUCAUGCUAGUUUCGACGAUUGUUGAUGUGACUUGAAUCGGACUAUCAGCCGCUACGAUUGGUAAUCGGGGUCUCGCUACUUCUCAUACUCCUCUGUAAUCUCCUCGAUAUAGUGAAACUGACUCUCUCUCGCCCGUGGACGUAGCUAACACACAUCGUGUUAGUGAACCACGUAAAUCGUGUGUCUGUGUUUUUCGAUUCGCGCUUUCGUAUUCUUGCUUUAUCGAUUCCGGCAUUUCCCGAUCCGUAACAGCGCGUUUAUAACAUCAACGAUUGUAGAAUCCUAGUAUAAGCCAUUGUGAUUUUGGCUUACCAAUGUUCCAUUGGACGUUACUUGUCGAACAUAUACGAGAAGUCGAUCUUGCUCUAGAUAAAUUCUCCAUAAAUGCCAUGGUCUAGUCUUUGGAAUGUCGUUUCUUUUCAUACCGUAGUUUCGGGUUUUAAUUUAUGAUUUGUAGAUGGCGAAUUAUAUUAAGGUCUCAACUCUGGAGAUUAUUGCUAAUUGGUUGUACGUACGAUUAUCGUUUUUAUGUACCUUGAAGAUUGUUCAUGUUACAAUCUUAGGCUAGCAAGUUCAGCUCCUCUAACUGCAUUUAACCUUAUUUGAUUAAUUUAGGGAGUCGUUUGGAUGAGUUAUUCGUAUGAGUUAUUUGCACCCAAAUAACUCAUUUUGAGUUAUUUUGGUGCAAUAACCCGUUUGUCUAGAAAAGUUGGUGAUGAUUUAUUUGUCCUUGAGUUAAUUUGAAAUAACUCAUUAAUGAGUUUAUUGUCAAUACCUCUUAGGGGUAGUUAUUGUGAAAUAACUCACAAAUACCACAUUCUCAUUUUGUGAGGAAUUCCACUUUUAUAUUAACUCGUUAUACAACAACUCAUCCAAACGACCUUUAGAUGUUUGGAUGAGUAAUUCAUAUGAGUUAUUUGCACCCAAAUAACUCAAAAUGAGUUAUUUGGGUGCAAAUAACCCGUUUGUCUACUAAAUUUGGUGAUGAGUUAUUUGUACUUGAGUUAAUUUGAAAUAACUCAUUAAUGAGUUAUUGUCAAUACCUCGAUAGUUAUUGUGAAACAACUCACAAAUACCACAUUCUCAUUUUGUGAGAAAUUCCACUUUUAUAUUAACUCGUUAUACAACACCUCAUCCAAACGACCGUAUUUAGUAAGUUAUUUGUAAGGCAAUGGUAUCAUACGCAUACUCACAUAUGUCAUUCUUGUUGGCAUCACAAUCAUUAAAGUACUUGUUGUCAUCACGAUCAUCAAAGUACCAAUAGUCAAUUUAAUCGCAGAGUAUGACCCAACCGAUUAAUUUUCAUUUGAGCAGAGGCAUAUUUAACGAAAUGAUAUAACAAGUCGCGACUAUGCAUACUCGAGCUUCCCCAACCACUCGAACUAAAUAUUUUUCAACCUGGACGCAGCGGCAGAUCUAGGAGGGGUCGCCCCCGGGCUACGGUCCAACCCUCCUCUGGAUCUAUAGCUAGUAUAUCUUUGUAAAUUUUUGAUUUCGGUAUUUGUUUUGGUGUUUAUCGGGUUACAGCCCAAUCCUCUCCGCCUCUUUUUCUAAUUGUCGCCCAAUGCUUUACUCUAUCCUGAAUCCGCCGUUGCUUGGACGCAGUUUCCUUCCCGACAAGCAGAGUCCAAUAAUUUUCUCCACCACCAACAAUCCAAAAGUUAGAAAAGCCUCGUUGGUAGAAUAGAAUUGAUCAAGGCGACGAACUUACUUAGUAAUGCCCAUUAUGAUCACCCAAUUGACAAGACAAAAAACCCACAAACACCCAUCAAGUAGGGUGGCUAUACGGUCCAUUCCGAUUAAAUUGGCCUAAAUUGAUUCGGUCCAGUCCGGUUUUUUCGAAAAUAUAAGGACCAAAGAUUGGAUUGGAUACAGUCCGGUUUUGAUUCGGUCCGGUCUUUACCCGAUCCGGUCCCAAUUCGGUCUUGAUUUUAUAUUGAGCUUGUGGGGAUUUGAGUGGCUUAAGGCCUGAAAGGUUAAGGAAUUGGUUAAGUUUUGUACUAAGUGCAAAAGUUUGUGACCGUUUAUGCUAAUUACCCUUAAGUUAUGGAUGUUGAGCUCUCUUAUCCGGUCUUUAUCCAGUUUUUUAUCCGGUCUCAAACGGUUUUUUACCUCAAAUCUAAGCCCAAAGAUUGGAUUGGAUUGUUUACUAUCCGGUCCCGGUCCAGUCUCGGUCCGGGUUAUACGGUCCGAUUUCGGAUAAAACCAAAUAACCCGGACCAAAUAGCCAGCCCUACCAUCAAGAAAUCACCUGCGGCUACGAAUCGAGUUAUGUUUUUGACCAGUGAAUGUGGGUAUAUAUCUGGAUUCGUGGUUGGAUGUCGUCUAUUCAUCGGGAUAUUAGGUAGCUAGAAAGUGUGUUGCUCCAAAUGGCAGACAAUUUGCUUGUUGUACAUUUCCAGCCCCGCAGUCGCGGCACCAUUAUUGUAGCUAGCAACCACAUACCACUGAAAAUUCCACACCCACUGUUCUAAAAAUAGAAAGGCUUUCCUUGCAGGUUAAUCUGUCCCACUUACUUCCAAUCAGGGAGAGGAGCUAUGGUGAUUUUGAGCGUCUGGCGAAGACUCUAAAAUUUGGAGAGAAAUUAUUGAGUUCUCGACGCUAGUUUGAGUUUAGAAUUAGGGUGGAUUCAUGGUUGUUUAGGAAGCUAUUUGAAUUUGGAGGAAAAAGAAAAAUGUGACAGUCUUUGAGAUUCGAACUUGUGAAUUGAAAUUAUUAGAGAUAAUGUUAUAUAUUACACUACGAAAAUAUUGUUGUUAUAUUUAAAACAUAAAUGUAAUGAUAAUCUAAAACAAAGUCUGAUUAAACCCAGUUUCCAAUAUAUAUAUAUAUAUUCAAAUCCUAAAAACUAAAUUCAAAAUCUUCCACGCUUCUGAUAUUGACAAAGCUUUCAUUACUAUCAAGUUGAAUUUGUUUUACUUGGUUAUUGAUAUGCUAAUGCAAAGAGUUGAACUACAUGGCAAUUUCAUGAGGUGAAUACAUGACUUGUCUUAGCUCGGUUAAUGAGUUGGUUGCUUUUGACAAGGAGAAGCUAAUAAGGUUUGUUGAGCAUUUAUAUUAUGUUAUAUAGUAUUGGUGCUUUAAUGUACAGCAUAAAGUUGUACCAUAACAUGAAAUGUAUAAGUUUAGAUUGUACCAUAAAAGAAUUUAUACCAUUAUGUUAUGGUACAACUUUACAACUUGAAGUUGUACCAUCACAUAAAGGUACAAGUUCAAGUUGUACCAUAAAAGAGUUUGUACAAACAGUAUAGGUAUAAUCUAAAGUUGUACCAUAACGUUAAAUGUACAAUUUCAAGUUGUAGCAUAAAAACAAAAACCUAUAUCACCAAUACUAUAUAGCAUUGUAAAAUUCCUCAAGGCUUACUUGAUUUGAUCGUAAUGAGUUUGGUCACAUUUCUGGCUCAUUUCUUCUGCGACACUUUGAAAAUUAUUGCUAGUUUGUCAAAUAUUAUGAUUUAUUCCUUGGAUUAAAAGGAAUUGAUGAAUUAGGUUAGAUUGUGGUGAAUACAAAACCGAAUCUAUCAUAUUUAGUGAUAUGUUUGCUUCUCAAACUUGUGUUGAGUUUUGCCAUUUAUGUUGCCACAGCGAGUGUUGAAAAUAUUCAUUAGUUUUGGACUACACAAAAAACAAGCUUCAAAAUUGAAUAGACAAUUGCAAAAGAGAGAACACUCCUAGCUAAAUAAAAGUUUGAAUAGUGCCCCUACUUUAACUAGCCGCAAUGGGAAGCUGUCGACCUCUAGAAAGGAAUUUGUUCGAUAUCUCAAAGUUGUUUGAUACAAAUGUAAACAAUUGAAGUGUGGGAAUUUCGGAAAUUGCAUGCAAAUGAAAAAUUGUAGCUAGGGUUUUGCAUCGAUACAAUAUACAUGCAUGGUAUGUGGCUGUGGGGCUAUCUAGCCUCCUCUUACAAGUUUGGACACAAUACAAUAGCUAGAUGAAGAAAAAGAGGCUUAGAAAAGCUAAUUAAUUAGCUAUCAAUCAUCAUCUAAAGAUGAUUUAGCUAGAAAGAAAAUCAGCCAUCUUUGGAUUGGAAAGAUUGAUUGCCUGGUUAGUUCCUGGAGGUUUCCAAUUAUUCGGUCCUUUCGCUUUCCCGCUGCCACUUUUUUCUGCAGAGAAGAUUAUUUAAUUAUUAUGAUUAUCUGCUGGAAUGCAAUGUGCUUUAUUUGGUGGUUAACUAUGUAUUGUGAGAAUGCUCUAUCUCUAGACUAUAUAGAUAUUGGUUACGGUUAGUAAGAUAUCUCU